AUGCUAGGCUACGAAACCAUGCUCUUCGGUCAGCAGAGCGACUGGGAGUCGUUCCAGACCUUCGUGCUCUCCGUCGAAUCGGGGGACACGCUCGUCAUCGACAACACGUCCAUGAUGACCCCCCAGUACGCGACGAACGGGGCGGACUCGACCGCCGUCCGCCAGAUCUGCUGCGGGAUCGGCACCCUGUCCAAGUCCUUCCAGGUCGUCGCGGAGGAGGAAAUUAACACGGCCGAAUACCGCCGCGCGCUGGAACACUACGGUCGUGGGGUGCGCGCCAUCUUCAGCCUAAAGCCGACGACGACCACCCUGCCCAGCACGAUCCUGGCGUCUCUGCUUUUCGAGUGUUUCGAGUGGAUGGCCGGCCACACGGAGGCCACCAUCAAGCACCACAACCACUCCGUCGCCAUGAUGUGGCAGUACGUCGACUUGUUGAUAGAGGAGCAGGGGGUCCCGCUGAAGCGUCUGAACCUGUCGGAAAUGGAGCAGGCCAUGUUCGACACGCUGGAGCGCCUGGACACGCUUCCGUGGGUCGAGGGCUUUGGCGAGAACGAGAGGAUCAAGACCUCGUCCCCGGCGCGGAGGUUCCCGCACGGGUGCCGGCACCGACUCGACAUGGACGAAAUACCGAAAAGCUUCAACAGCACGCAGCAGGCCUUCACCUGGUGGCAUUUCACGCAGCACAACAUGGCCCACUCCCUCCACCCCCUGAAAACCUCACAGGUCGCCGAUAGCGAAAAGGCAGCUGCGUACGACGAGUGUGCCGCUCUGUUAGAGACAUGGCACUCCUCGUUCAUGCCCCUCUUGCUCCACGCCAAGCAGCACCGGAGCAGUCACGGCUCCAGGUGGUCGCGCGCCAUGAUCCUCGAGUCUCUGUACGUCGAGACCAUCUCGGCGCUCCACAGCCGCCACAAGCAGAACUCGAACGUGCUGCCGGCGGUGCAGCCGAUCUACAGGGACCUCAUAGCCAUGUCGAGGCAGAUGGCCGGGGAGAAGCCGCUCAACGGGAUCGAGACGCUGGGGAGAGAAAACUCCAUCAUCCGGCCGAUCGUUUUCGUGUUGCUUAAAUGCAGGGACCCGGACAUUGUGCGAGAGUCCAAGGCCGUGCUGGAAAGUCUUCAAGGCGGCAUCAACAUGGCGUGGACGAUGCUCUUCUCGAUGAAUAAUCCGAAGAAGACGAAAUCUAUUGUCUUCUGCGACAGGGCCUGGGGCUGGUACUUGACGACCAGCGGUUGCAGCUCUGGAGCUCACAUAUUUGACGGCAUACUUUGA